ACGACUUAAAAGGGUCAAUUUGGUUCCUCAAGGUCGAGAUAUAGAUUUGUGGUCGUGUUAUCCUAAGAAAUGUCUUUGAUCACCAUUGACAGGUCACUCAUAGAGUCGGAAACUGACUAUGAUGAUUCAGUUGAUGUGGACACUUAUGAAUGUUCAUCCAGAAGCAGUCAAAGUGAAGAUUUCAUGAUGUGCAAAGGAACAGCUGUAGGCUUAAAUAUUCACUCCAGAAGAAAGUCUAGUUGCAUUAAAUCUAACGGUAUUUUGCCCUUCUUAUAUAUUUUUGUGAAGAUGAAAUGCAGGACCAUCUGAGAAGAAUUAUCUCUAUCCUUCGAUUUGGAGACUAUAUUCAACUGAUUGUCAAGCUUCAGAGUUCCAAUUCAAUGCCUCACCAUCACAGAUAUUGUUGUGUUAUUUCCACCUAUGGAAAGUUGGAAACUGAGGAAUCUUCUGUGUUGGGUGUAGAUAUAACUGACGGAAAAGCUACUGUGGGUUUGGUUUUAGAAAUCUGGCAAGACAUGUCAAUCAACUUAUGUGGCGAUGGAGGGUUCGAAUUAGUCACUAAAGAUACAGUAAAGCAGUUCAAACCUGUUUCUGUACAAGCUUUAUGGGCCGCAUUUCAGGCUGUCAACAAAGCAUGUCAGGUGGCUCGGGCUAAUGCCUAUUUCUGCCGCGGUUUCACUCAUGAUUGGGUUAGUUACUACCAUAGUUUACCAGCGUCAUCCACGUGCCAAAUACAAGAAUGGAUGAAGACGGAUGAAAGUGAUGUAUUCAUUCAGUCCUUAUCUCAUUCCCCUCUCUCGGAUAAUGCAACUGACAAAGAAAAAGAAUGUGCUAGAAUGGAAGCACUGAUCAGUGCAAAAUUGCAAGAAAUUAUGUAUACAGUUGACUUAGAAGAGGUGACCGUCCUUCAACUUCGUGAACGUUUAGAAGAAGAAUUCAAACAACCAUUACACCAAUUUCGUCAUUUUAUUGACAAACAAAUUUUAAGAAUUUAUGGUCAAAUGGAUGAAGCCAGUGUAAUAUUUGAACAUGUUCUAUUAGGUACAACAUUUAAUGCAUCAAAUCGUGAUGAAUUAGAACGUCGUAAUGUAACGCAUAUUUUAAAUGUAACACGAGAAGUGGAUAAUUUUUUUCCUGGUGAUAAAUUUGAAUAUAAAAAUAUUCGAGUAUACGAUGAUGAACAAUCGAAAUUGUUACCUUAUUGGGAAGAAACGCAUAGAUUUAUCAAUGAAGCUAAGAUUCUGGGUACUAGAUGUCUUGUUCAUUGCAAAAUGGGUAUAAGUCGUUCAGCCUCUACAGUUAUUGCAUAUGCUAUGAAAGAAAAUAAUUGGGAUUUAGCUACUGCAUUAUCUUUCGUAAAAGAUCGUCGUCCAUGUAUACAACCGAAUCCAGGUUUUAUGAAAGAAUUACACACUUAUCAAGGUAUAUUAGAAGCAAGUUCUAAUCGACAUAAGCCUAUAUUUCACAAUGAUGAAGUGAAGUCAAUUAAACCAGGGCAGAUAUCAAUAAAUAAUCAACAAUCUAAUUGUCUACAAAGUGUCUUACUUAAUAAUAAUAAUAAUUCAUCUGAAAAUGAACAAGAUAACAAUCGAUCUUUAUCAAUCAUGAAAGUCAAUACAAACAGUGAAAAAUUAGAAAAAAAUGUACAUAAUAAUAAUACUGUUACAAAUACUAAUUUAAUUAUAGACACAUGUUUACCGACUACAAAAUCUUCUAUUACUAAUUCGUUAUCUUUAAAAUCUUCAACAUCAACAAGAACAACUUCAUUCGCAACAUCAUCGGUUGUAGGUCAACAGUCCUCUUCUUUGUCAACAUAUAAUGAUGAUGAUAAUGAUGAUCAGUUAACAGAUACUAUUAUUCAUCAAGAUUCUCAGUUUAAUGCUAUCAUUGAUUUAGAAACUGAACUAUUUGCUUAUAAACGUUCAACUAUUUCUAAUAUAACAACAACAAAACUGACUACCACUCCUUUUAAUAAUGAUUUUUCGAACAAUACUACUACUACUACUACGAACAAUAAUAAUAAUAAUAAUACUUCAAAACUAAAUCAACUAAAACAACAUUCACCAUCAUCAUUGCAACAACAACAACGACAACAAGAGAACAAUCAUUUACUGAUGAAUGAAUUAUCAUUAAAUGAUAAUAUUAUUGAAUCCUCAUGUUGUACAUCAAUGAUGAAUCGACCAGUGGUUCUAUGGGAUUUUGAUAGUAAAGACGAUGAGAAAACAAAAAGUUCAGGUGUUGUGAAUAGUAUAGUUGUUGCAAAAAAUUCUCACUGUCUACGCCAAUGGCAUCCAUAUGUAUUUGAAAAUAUUAGUGGCACAGAUCGAUGUUGCGUUCUGAACAAUACUAAUAAACUGCAGAAAGCUAUAUCACCUUCUUCGUCAUUACGUACUGCUACCACUUCUCUUCAGUCUUCUACAAUUACAUCUGUCAGUCAUCCACAACAGUAUAUUCAUCAGUUGAAUUAUGCUAGUACUGUGUCAUCUAUAUCAUGGGAUUAUACAACUGAAUUAGAAAUGAUGCCUUCUAUGGAACAUGCUAAACUAUCUAUUAUUCCAGGUCAACCAAUUUAUGUUCCAUUAGUUACCUAUCAACUAGUUUUACACGCAUCAAUUAUUGUCAAUGAGAUGAACAAAGAUAAAUCUGUUGCAAGUAAGAAACACAUAAAAGCGGACUCACUCAUAGAUGAUGAAUGCACAAAACAUUCACCUAGUAAAUUAUCCAAUGUCCUACGCUUGGUAUCAAGAUCAUCUGAAUCCAAUUCAUUCAUAACUUCAGUGAAUCAAAGUAAUAAAGAAAAAAUGCUGAGCUAUGAAUCUGCAUUGAUUCCAACGUUAAAAUGCAGGAAAAAUCAAUUUGUAUGUAAUAACUUGAACACUAAAACAACAACUACUACUACUAACAGUAAUACAUUCAUUACUGAAAAUGUUGUGUCGAGUAAUUCACUCUUAUCUAAUCCGCUUUUAUGUGAUUUCAUGACGCAGUCAACUAUUGUGACUACAACAUCUCAAUAUAAAUUACCGAAUGAUUGUAUUAAUCAAUCCACAAGUAAUGAUACUAAUGAUUCAAAUAUUAAAACAACAUUGAAUGAACGAAGAAAAUCAUCCUAUGCUGAUUUGUUCAUGUUAAAAACUAAUCAAAAUAUAACUAAUCAUUCUGUUGUCAGAUUAUCACCAGAACGUUCACAUUCAACUCGAUCGUCUGGUGGUCGUUCAUUAUCAACACGUCUUCGACCUGACAAUAGUUGGAUUAUGAAUCAUGAUUCUUGUGUAGAAAAUACUGUUAUUUCCAAUUCAUCAGCUCCUCCUCCUACUACUACUACUGCUAAUACUACAACCACUCAUUCCACUAUAAUGAAUUCAUGUUCACUCGUUACUAGUACGCCAACUUUAUGCUCUAAAAUAAAUCGUAUUCUUAACACUUUGAAUCAAUCAGUAAUUUCAUCGAAUUCUAUUGACACUUCAUUGUCAUCGAAUAACAAUGAAAAUAUAAAAAAUAAAACGGAUCAGUUACCAAUAAAAUGUUCAAAAUCAUAUAAUCGAAUAAUUUGUAAUAGUGUUGUUGAAAAAUUUAAAUCAAACUCUUCUAUGGAAUCAUGUUUAACUGUCAAUAAAUUAACAAUGAAAACAACACCUACUUCUAUUACCACCACCGACAGUUGUAGUGAUGAAUACAAUAAUCGUAGUAAAUUCCUUUCAAAUUCAUCAAAUCCUAUGUUAAUUAUGUCGAAUUCAGUUGGUGUUACUCCUGGUUCUGACUAUUAUCAUAACAAAAAUUCCAAUUACCAACCAAUCACUACUACUUAUCGUCCAUUACGUCAUCUUAUUAACAACUGGCCACCACAUCAUCCAAUUGAUCCAAUUCAAGCAACUGAAUCGUAUUGUUCUUAAAUCUGGGUCAAUUUGUUAACGGGCUAUUGGUUUAUUCCAUUUCCCUUCCACCUAGCCUCUGUGUUCUUUGCUCCAAUUUUUUUGUAUGAUUUAAGUUUAACAACAAUAACAAAAAAAUCAUUCUAAGACAAAAUGGAAAUUGACAUUAUUGAUCGAGAACAACAACGAAACUGUGUACAAGGUUAUUGAAAUGUCUUUAUUUUUGUUCAUUCAACCAAUGGAAUACGCGCCAAUAGAUGAAUGUUAUAUUCGUUGGUUAAUUUGAGAUCAACACAACAACAGUGUCCAAUAUUUAUUAGUGUGUAUGUAUGGGGGGCACAGAGUCAAUGAACUUGAGAUAGAUGUGUAGAUACCAACGUUUCCUUUCUCAUGCAUCACACCUCUUCAUAGUCGUUUAGUCUGUUUAUAUGAGAGAAUUGUGUGUGUGUGUGUUUUUCUUCUUUGAAUAGAAAUUUUUUUUAUCUAGCGAAAGUGUAUACGUGUACAUCAACUGAUAAAAAAUUUUCCAUCUUUGUCCUAAUAUGGUGGUUAUCAGUCAUUUAUGUUUUUGUCUUGUGAAUAAGCCGGUGCUGAUUUACAAAAGUGUUUAUUAAAUCUCAUAUAAAAUGUUUUGUGUUGUAAAGUUUUUGUAAUUAAUCUACCAAAUAUGAAGUUGUGUUAUUUCAUCCUCGACGGCUAAUGCAUCAUAAAUGAUUUCAUGAUCACAAACAAUACUAACAAAAUUGAAUGCGCUUAACUUUUUUUUAUCAUUUCAUAAGUUUACUAUUUUAAAUGUAUAUAACCAGUGUUAGGUAAACAGACAUAGAAUAUUUAUUCUUCUGCUGUUUAUGUUUAUCACUCUAUUGUUUAUUUAUAUUUCUUUCUCCUUUAUUUGUUAGUUUCAUAUGGUGUAUUUAUUUCAUAUAAAUGUGAGUAGAGAAAAACGACAACACACUAUAUAAGAUAUUGAAACGACGAAAGGUGAGUGUUUGAUGUUUAGAAACAAACAAUUUUUAGUCUUCAAUUAAAUUAUUUACUUAGAUAUAUUUGGGUAUGAACCACAUUUAAAAUAAGAAAACUAAUGAAAAUACCUCAAAGUAAAUGAAGUGCGGUUGGAACCUGGAAUUUUUAGUGACUGAAGGUUGAACAUCUUAACCAAUAAGACAUGUGAGUAAACAAUCGUGCUCAACUGUUGUUAUAAAUAUUGACAAUAAAUACUCUUUAUAAAUGGAUUGGUUGAAUUGUGUAAUUAAUAAGGAAUUAUUAAUCG